CACUACAACCGGUCCUCUACAGAUCACAUCGACAUCGUGGCGGACAGCGUGACGGCUGGGGACUACAGCAAGGAGGAGGACCCCAAGAUCUACCGCUCCAGCAAGACGGGGCGGGGCCCGCUGUCCGAGGACUGGCGACAGGAGUAUGGGCGGAGCAUAGGCGAGGGGCGGGGCGACGGCCGGGAGAUGAUGACGUCAUACAAACUGUGCCGUGUGGAGUUCAAGUACUGGGGCAUGCAGAACAAGAUCGAGAGGUUUAUACAUGAUGUCGCCCUGAGGAAAACGAUGCUGCGCGCUCACCGGCAGGCCUGGUGUUGGCAAGACGAGUACCACGGGCUCACCCUGGAGGACAUCCGCGUGCUGGAGAGAGAGACGCAACUCGCCCUCGCGCAGAAAAUGGCCGCCGCCUCCGCCGAGAACAGCGAGGGGGGCGAGACGACUGCGGCCGUCACUGUCACCGACACAUCCGUCAACGAAAACGCUCAACAACAACAAGGGGCGGAGCCAGCGGGAACUGACUCCGCACCCCAUAGAGGCGGGGGCGGGGACUCUCAGCAAGACCCCUCCUCCUCCUCCUCCUCCUCUCACUCGCAGCCAACCCACGAGCAGCAUCGGUUCGGGAAGAGGAAGUCUCUGGUGCACUUCUCGGACGGGCACACGUCGCCGUCUGACUCCUCCCACUCGGCCACCACCACGGACUCGUUGGACAGCGGCUCGGGCUUCCGGCGCAGCGUGUCCCAGGAGAGCACAGCCACUGUCAUUAACGGGGGCGGGGCCUCGGGACAAGGGGCGGGGCCUUCAGCGGGUCAUAGGAAACUUUCUCAGACAUCGAAGAGCAGGCUUUCCGGAGGUGAGUGUUUCAGUCAGUGCUCAGGAUAUCGUCACUACAUUUCGUUAUCUGCGUAGGGAGGAUUCAGGUACUUUUGA